GCGCGGCGUGGGUGGCAGCGCCGGAGGAGCCAGCGCCGGACGCGCCACGGCCCAGGUGCAAUGGAGGCCAUCUCUCUGGCCGGGGUGCUCUGGGCCUUCGUGCUGGUUCUCCCGGCGGUGCUGGCCACGGCUCUCUGCAUCGGCUGCCGGGACACGGGGUCUCCUGGAGCAGAGUGGGACGGCCCCCCCCUGCCCCCACCCCUAACGCUGCGCCCUGCUCUCUCGCCAGCCCACGGAGCCCAGGCAGUCGGGGACUACGAGUACAAACCCCCACCUUGUGUCCCCCCCAACAGCUUCAUGGUGCUGACCAGAGCCAACUAUCCCUCCAGGAACCAGAUCAAACAGCAACCAGUGCCACCCGCUGAGCAGUUCCUGUCCAUCCCGCGAUCCCCACAAGCGCCCCAGAGCCGCCAAGUCUCCUUCACCAGGACAGAGACCGACAACGACAGCGUCCCCAGCUACGAGAAUGAGGAGCGACCCCGUGGGGACGACGACGACGACAACGACUAUAACAACGAGAUCUACACCCCCGGCUACGUUGAGGUGCUUCCCGACAGCGUCACCGAGACGUCCCCCACGGAGCUGGUCACCUCGGGGCCAGAGCUCAGGGACAGCGCGUCCUCAGUGGGAAUGGGGGAUGAGUACGAGAACAUGCCGGAGGCCCAGAGGGAGUCGCUGGCUGACAGCCUGGAGUACGUCAACAUGCCAGAGCCUGUAUCCGGCCUCCCUGACGCCCACUACGGCGCCAGCGACCGGGAGAGCGAGGACGACGGGCCCGACUACGAGAACCUGCACCGCUGAGCGCGAGGCAGACCCCCAGCUCUGGAGAGCGACCCCCCCCGCCCCCCGCGGGGAACCCGCCUUCGAGGAGCGAACCAACAGCUGGAUGAGCCCCGAG